GAUUGUAUUGUUUUUGUUUUGUGGUUUCGUUCUAAAGAAUAAUGUUAUCAAAUAAAGCAUUAGUAUAGAAUGAGAACUUUCGAACACUUAAUUAAAAACGUUUGUUUAAGUUUAGUAAGUAUAGUUUAGCUAUUUCUACAUUAUAAUGCAGUUAAACGAAGGUUUAGAUAGGUGUAUUUAACAGCUGUUAUCUAUGUAAAAGUAAACUGGUUACUAUGAUGUCUACGAUUUGCCACCGGAUACUUUGCUAAGAUUAAAUUGACAAACAUUAAGGUCAAAAGCAUCUGUACCUACCUACCUAAGUACAUACUUACAAUAUGGAAUCGGGUGACAGAAAAGUACAGUACAUUACAACCUUCUGCGUGUCAAUCGCGUCACUGACGGUGGGUGUCAUCACGGCCUGGUCCACCCCGGUCUUGAUGAAGCUGCACAAUAAUGAGACCGAUAUUUCCAUUACUGAUAGGGAGAUAUCGUGGAUGUUGGCUAUGAACGAGCCGGGGUUCAUGAGCGGCAGUCUGGCCACGAGGUUCGUGUGUGACCGCCUCGGCCGGCGCGCCACGCUACUGGCCAGCGCUCUGCCUUACGUUGUUGGUGCUGUGUUCGCAUUAUCCGCUGUUCAGGGAUGGAUGCUUUGCUUGAGUCAAUUCCUCUGGGGCAGUGGAACUGGUAUGAUUGGAACUGUGGUGCCAAUAUACCUCGCAGAAAUAGCAGACAAGGACAUCCGAGGUACUCUGUCUCUUUCCACACGCGUCAUGUUCAGCUUGGGCAGCCUUAUGAUGAUGGCCAUAGGGUCGUUUGUCUCUUACUACGUGAUUAAUUGUUUGCUUCUGGUGUUGCCAGUUGGAUACUUUUGUGCUUGUUUGUGGAUCCCUGAGUCUCCGUAUUACCAUUUGAAGGAGGGCCGAGUGGGUGCCGCUAGAAAGGAAUUGGGAAGGCUUAAAGGUUUUCGGAAUGCAAAGACUCUCGACGAAGAACUGGCAUCAUUACAGGCAAAUGUACAGAAUGAAAUGAAGAGGUCUUCCUCAGUCUGGGAACUGUUUACAGGACCGCAGUACAGGAAAGCUAUCGUUAUCGCGGCAGGUUUGAAAAUGGCGCAAAUAAUGAGCGGCGCGAAGACGAUCCAGCAGUACCUGGGCCGCAUCGUGCAGGAGAGCCGCGUGCGUCUGCCGCUGCCGACUGUACUCAUCGUGUUUGGACUCGUGAGGUUCGUUGUAGGCCUCAUGUCCACCAUGCUAGUGGAUCGAUUCGGCAGAAAACCUUUUCUCUACAAUUCAUUCUUCGGCACCGGACUUUUCCUAGCUCUUGUUGGGACCUAUUUCUUCCUCAAAGAGGUCAUAAAGAUUGAAGAUACCUUUCUAUCCCAUAUUGCCUUUAUACCCUUUGCUGGCAUCGUCAUAUCAAAUGUUAUAUCUACACUCGGCUACAUCUCCUUAAUCUUUGUAAUACCAGCGGAAAUAUUCCCCAUUAACGUUAAGGCGGUUGCUAUGACAUCCUUAAACAUUUUCGGAGGAAUAGUUGGUUUCAUCACGACUUUAAGCUAUCAAACUAUUAAGGAUGUAACAGGCCUUUAUGGUGUGUUCUGGAUUUUUGCUGGUGUCACCUUUUUUGGUGCUUUAUUUGUGAUUUUAUUUGUUCCUGAGACCAAAGGGAAAAGUUUGCAAGAGAUACAGGUUUUGUUGCAAGGAAAUUUAGGUAAGGAUGUGGAUGAAACUGAAGAAUUACAUAAAGAGAGAAAUGGUGCUGUAUGUGCUAGUAUAGACGGGACAGAACUACAGGUCCUAAAUGAUAAAGUUAAUAAUGUGUAAGCAAAAUAAGUUGUGACAGUAUCCUGCUUAUCAUGUUACUAAGCUUUUAUGGGAUGUAAAUAAGUUUAUAGGUAUAAGUAUGUAAACAAAUGACCAAAUUAGUGCAUUUACAUGCCAUAUAAAUACAUAAGGCUAUUAGGUAGGUAUAGUUUCAAGUUAAUACUUUUAAGUUAACCUAACUAUGUAAAUAUGUAAUCUCAGUUUGACUCGAUAUGACAUCAGAUCUUCCAGGAUGCUUACCAGAUAUUACACGGCAUGUGUGUGUUCCCGGCAUUCGCGGACUGCAGGAUAUUUGCCGGAUUCUAUAGACUUGCCGGAUAUAGAGAUAGAGCCAUGCCGUACAAUAUCUGCACGCACCUUUAUACGAAUUUAUUAUAGCCAUGGAUGGAUCAUGGACGAUAGAUAGAUCCUAUAUUAAUUUUAAUUUCAUUGUAUGUAGGUAAAUGGUUAACUGACGGAAAUUGCUUAUGGAGAUUUAUUAGAAUAUGACCGCUGAAAACAUUAUAGAAAUUAAGUCUCAAUGAGAAUUAUACAUUUAUUUUGUACUUAUACUUUAAGAAAUUAACUUCCCUUUUGUACUUAUACAACGUUUAAAGAUUAAGAAAUAAAGUAACUUUUGGAUACGCAACUGUUUUAUUGAUAAAAAACUACAUAUUUCCACUCAUAGAGUUUGAUUCAGAUAUACGCUGUUUAUCGUGCGUAUUAUUAGGUAAAUCCGAUUGAGGUUGCUGACUAGGGCUAUCACAUGAUGGAGGCUAAUCAGCUAAUCGCUUAUGGAGACUCUGUGGCCGGAUUACCUCCAGGAUCCACCCCCAAACCGCUUAUGGAGGCCGAGUGUGCCCCGCGGUUCGAAUUAACCAGCUUAUGGUCUGUCUGUACAUUCUAUACUGUGUGGUUGCGGUUUACAAACGUUUGACGGACUCAGCAAGGAACAUCUUUUGGCUGCGUCA